CUGUGUUGUCAGUGGGAGGGGGAAAGGAGGGUUAGUGUGUGUGUGAGUGCGUGCGUGCGUGCUUGUGUGCACGUGCGUGCACGCUCGCACAAAUGUGUGUGGAUCUGCAGGACUCAGACGGUCUCUCAUCAUAUUCCAGCAUUACAGGUCUGCAGUCCCCUGGAGCACAAACUGGAGCUCUGGAGCUGGGAAACCUGGCAGGCAGAAAGACACACCACUAGAUGAUCUGCUCAACACACCUCCCCGGAACUCACAACCAACGCUCUUGAUUCUAGUCUGGAGUUUCUUGACUUUCUUCAUGGAGUUGCAGUGUUCCUAUCAAUGAAGAAUGACCAUGAAGCUUAUGUGGACAUUCCCGUGAAGAGUGGAUGACCUGUGGAUGACCUGUGGAUGACCUGUGGAUGACCUGUGCUCACCUGAUUCCAGCUAGUCUCUGGGAGCGUGAGGAGAGAGGAGGAGAGGAAAAGACAGAAGGAGUAGAAGAGAGAGAGAAGAAGAGGAGAGAGGGAGAGGAGGAAAACCUGAAUGCUCCAGAACCAGCUUGACGUGGAGAUGGAAGGUGAUGACGCUAGGGAGCACCCUCUGCUGCUCUGAGAGGACGCCUGGAAGCAGAGGGGAGAGGAGGAGGAGGACGAAGGGAGGAAGGAGAGGAUAUAUGAGGGAGGGGAAGCUGCUCCCUACUACCUGUCAGAGAGAUAUUUCCAGUGACAUCAUGAGUGUUCCGCCCACUGGAACCCCGAGCCCAAAUAUGGAGGUGAAGGGCGUUUCCCAGGAGAUGGCGUUGCUAAGCAAUGCCUUGGCAGCCUACACCUUUCUAGCAGACCAUCCAGAGAGGGCAGCGCUGGUCUUCGUCAGCGGGGUGUGUGUUGGUCUCCUCCUCACACUCUUUGCCCUCGUCUUCCAAGUACACUGCCGGACCGACUGUCACUACAGCAGCAGGAGGAGACGUCACCACGACGACAGUUGCCCUCGUCUUCACCGUGGCGACCCCCACUGCCCCAUACACCACCCUGCAGUGGCGGUGACCGGCGAGGACAGCCGGUCGGGGGACUUGGAUGACGUCACUGCCGACCUGUCGUCACGGAGACGGAGGCUGUCGGAGAGAACGCUGGUGCGCACGAGUGUGUUCACGUCGGCAGAAGAGUUGGAGCGAGCGCAGAGGCUGGAGGACAGAGAGAGGAUCCUCCGAGAGAUCUGGAUCAACGGACAGCCUGACCUGAACACCAUCACACACAGCCUCAACCACUACUACUGAGGGACAGCCUGACCUGAACACCAUCACACACAGCCUCAACCACUACUACUGACGGACAGCCUAGGAGUGUGUGGGUUGGGGUGUGUGUGUGUGUGUGUGUUUUUUUAAAUUAUAUUUGUGACUGUGUGUGUGUGGUUUAUGUGUGCCUGUUUUUCCCAUGGUUAAGAGGACACAGCUGCCUUCUUCUCACAG